UUUGCUAUCUGUUUUUCAUAUUCCACAGCACACAGAAAUGUAUUUAUAUAUAAUUCCAUUUAUGUGCUGCCUACUACCAUAGUCUCAAGGUGGCUUAUGAUAAAGAAAUGAAAAGGUGAAUCUUGUUUCUGGCAGCUGAUUUGGGAAAAUUGUACUUACUGGGUUUUUUUGUUACAUUGCUUCAGUAAUGUAUCUGUUCCCUCUGUAUGCAUUUUGUUACAAAAUGAUCCUCUCAGAAUGUAUUUUUUUUAAAGUAGUGGCCACUGCUGUGACUCAAUUUGGUUUUGAACAUAAUCCAAUUGUGGAUGAUGACUUCUUGUUUGAUGGCAAAAGGCAUGGACUGCAUCUGUUUAGAGCAGCCUUUCUUAUCCCUGUGAUUCAUACUGGCAGUUGUCCGUCACAUCUGGAGGGCACCAGGUUAGGAAAGGCUAUGACAGAGUGUCAUAACCUCUCAGGAGAGUUACCUUAAUUCUGAUUAUAAGCCAUAGUCAUACUUUAUUAUAUUCUUGCAGUCUGAUGUUGUUUUAGCAAUGAAAUGAUGUAUUUGUGGUGAUUUUACCCUAUGAAUUUAAUUUGUAUGUGCAGGUAAUGUUGCCUUUUUCCUCACAGAAGAAUAAGCAUGGCAUCUGUAGAAGAGAAUUUCCCUCGAGGUGGCAUACAGAAGAAACAGCAAGAAGGAAAAGCAUCCAGGCAGCCAACAGUAGACCAGGAUAAUUUAUUCAAAACCCAACAUGAAGAAGUAACUCAGAAAAGAAAGAAAAAGCAUCAAGAUCAAACUAAUCCCAAAAAACUCAAGAUUGAGACGAAAGCUAUUACAAUAACCAGUGUUAAGAAUUUUGCACUUCUUACAGCUAAGUCUCUCAGUGAGGGGAUGCUGCUCUUAGGAUGUGUGAAAGAGUCCAAUCAAUUUGAGCUGGUGAUAAGCUUACCAAAUGGGCUCACUGGAUUUGUGCAAGUGACACGGAUUUGUGAUGCCUACAACAAAAUCCUAAAUAAGCAAGUGGCUACAGAUCAGCAUGUAGAGGAUCUGGAUACUCUCUCAGACUUGUUCUGCCCAGGAAUGCUGCUCAGGUGUGCUGUGGUUGGGGUGGAGAAGACAGCUACAGGACGCCAGAGUAUACAGCUUACGAUUAACCCAAAAGAUGUCAACAAGUCUUUGAACGCUACAGCUUUGAGACCUGGCAUGCUGCUUUCUGGAUGCAUAUCUAGUGUGGAAGAUCAUGGUUACCUUAUUGAUAUAGGUGUCCAUAAUACAAAAGCUUUCCUGCCUCGCCAGAAGGCCCAGAGUUACCUCCAGUCAACUAAGAAAGGAACUGAACUAAAGAUAGGUCAAUACCUGAACUGCCUAAUUGAAGAAGUAAAGAAUGGUGGAAGAAUAAUCCGCAUGUCCAUCAGUAAGUCUGAGGUUGCUACAGCCAUUGCUACAGAAGAGCAAAACUGGUCACUCAACAACUUGCUACCUGGCCUUGUAGUGAAAGCUCAUGUUCAAGAGGUUACUCCUUCUGGGAUUUCUGUACGCUUUUUAUCUUCCUUUACUGGAAUUGUGGACUUCAUGCACAUGGGCCCUCUGAAAACAAGAAAUUAUUCAUCAGGUCAGACGGUGAAAGCCUGUAUUCUCUCCAAUAAUCCUAGCUCCAAAGCAAUACGCCUUUCAUUGCGUCCAGUUUUCCUUCAGCCUGGCACACAGCUUGGCCAACUUUCCAGUGAUCGGAUAGGCACUGUAGUAGCAGAUUCAAAAGUGAAGACCUUUUUCAAAAAUACUGGUGCUCUCUUUAUGUUGGAUGAUGGCAGUCUAGCUUUUGCACAUCUAAAACAUAUGUCAAAUACUCCCAAAUCCUUCAAACCUGAAAUGUUUAAGCCUGGAAGCAAGCAUAAAUGCCGAAUUAUUGACUACAGCCUAGUGGAUGAUCUGGUGCUGGUAUCUCUCAAACAAUCUGUGAUUGACGCACCAUUCCUAAGAUAUCAUGAUAUUUGUGCCGGGCAGGUUCUGGAAGGUACAGUGUUGACUCUGAAGCCCUUUGGUAUGCAAGUAAAGGUGACUGCGCACAUCAAUGGCCUGGUCCCCUGCCUGCAUCUGGCAGAGGUGCUUCUGAAACAGCCAGAGAAGAAAUACAAACUGGGGUCGACUGUCAAGUGCCGGGUGCUUGUCUCCAAUCCUGAAGCAAGAAAGCUAAUUCUGACACUUAAGAAAACACUUGUCAGGUCCCAGCUCCCUAUCCUUGCUAGUUAUGAAGAUGCAAAGCCAGGCCUGAUUACCCAUGGUUUUGUUGUGUGUGCUAGAGAAUUUGGUUGCAUUGUGAAAUUCUACAAUGACAUAAAAGGUCUGGUCCCCAAGAAUGAACUUGGUGUGCCACCGUUUACUGCUCCACAAGAAGCAUUCUUUGAAGGCCAGGUGGUCAAAGUGGUUGUCUUAAAAUGUGAGCCAGCACAGGAGAGAUUAUUGCUGUCAUUCAAGCUGACAGAUAAUGCUCUUACAAAGAGUGAUAAAGAGAAGACUUCAAAGAAAGAAGUGACAUAUGAAACUGGAAUGAUUGCUGAUGUAAAAAUUCUGAAGAAGAAUGAAGAUGGCCUAGAAGUUACAAUUUUGCCAAACAACCUUUCUGCCUACCUUCCCAUGAUGCAUCUUUCUGACCAUGUGACUAAUAGCAAAUUGUGGUGGCAUUGGCUCAAAGGAGAUGAUAUGCUCCCUGGAGUUAUAUGCCUCCAUGACAAGGGAGGUCAUAUUACCUUGAGCAGAAAGCCAACAGUGAUUUCAGCUAUAGAGAAGGAGCAGGUGGUGAAAAGCUUCUCUGACAUCCAGUCUGGAUUGUUGCUGCCUGGCUUUGUAAGAAAUGUCAUGCCUUAUGGAGUUUUUGUGGAGUUUCCAUAUGGUUUGACAGGGCUGGCACCAAAGUCGGCAAUGAGUGACAAGUUUGUAACAGACACGAAAGACCAUUUUGUGUUAGGCCAGACUGUGAUUGCCAAGGUGACCAGCACUGAUGAGGAGAAGAAGCGCAUCCUGCUGUCCUUGAAGGUGUCUGAGUGCGCCUCUGAGGAUGCUAUUUCUGAGAGCUUCUCCAUAUUGCAACAGUACUUUAAGGAGUUGCAAGAGAUCAAGAGCUUCAUGAGAAAAAGAGAUUCCAUUGUGGCCCAGCAACUUUGUGAAUUAAAACCUGGGCAGCAGCUGGAGCUGGUAGUUGAUGAAGUCAAACUAGAUGGUACAGCAAUUUUCAGUGGUGCCUGUGUUUCUGGGUUGACGGUAAUGGCCACUCACAGCCACCUUGGAGGCAAAAAUAUUACUGGGGGUGAAAAAACAAGAGUUGUGGUUCUUUUUGUUGAUUUCCUGAAGUCAAAUGUCUAUGUAUCUCUUCGAGAUGAACUGCUCUCCCCCAAAUCCAAGAAGUUAACCCCAGAUUCUCAACACCAGGCCAUUGUGCAGCAUGUGGCUACAGAACAUGCCGUUGCUUCAUUGGAAGGAACGGGUCAGCUCAUUGCUAUCCCUGUGGCAUCCCACUUCAAUGACACCUUCCGGUUUGAGUCUGAAAAACUGAAGAUGGGACAGUCAAUUACAGUGGUUUUGAAAACUGUUCAGACAGGUGACCCUGGGAUCUUGCUUGCUGUGCGAGGUCCAAUGCAGAGAAAGGCUGUAAUCAGGCCUCGACAUGAAUCUGAGACACUAGAUGAGGCCUCAUCUGUGAAACACUCACUGUGUCUAGGAGAGAUGGUCAAGGGAACUGUCAAAUCUGUCAAGCCUACCCAUGUCCUCGUGACAAUUGAUGGUCAGCUGACUGGCUCUAUUCAUGCAUCCGAGAUUCUGGAUCAAGUUUCCGUAGAUACUUUUCCAACAUCAGUGCUAAAGGUUGGACAAAAAGUGACUGCUCGGGUCAUUGGGGGCAGAGACAUUAAAACACACAGAUAUUUGCCUAUCACUCACCCUCACUUCACCCGUACUUGCCCGGAGCUCAGUAUUCGACCAAGUCAGCUGAAAGAGGAAAGCAUAACCCCCCUGGGCCUUGAAGGCAGCAAUCUGGAAGAAACGUUGAAACCUUUCACGCCUGGGCAGAUGGUGACAUGCUUUGUGAAGAAGUACAAUCUUCUAAAGAAAUGGCUGGAGGUGGAAGUCACUCCUAAUAUUAGAGGAAGAGUUCAGCAGCUUCUACUUUCUCUAAGCCCCCGGGUCUUGAAAUAUGCCAACAAACACUUCAAAAAUGGGCAGGCUUUGGCUGCAACAGUAACAGGUUCUGAUACCACUGGGACCAAACUAUCCCUGUCUCUAUCAGGAAUUCACUGUCUGGAGAAAGGAACCAUCACACUAGGCUGUGUGAAAAAGGUGAUUCCACAUGUUGGCCUGACUGUUACACUUCCCUUUGGAAGGACUGGUAAAGUCAGCCUUUUCCAUCUGAGCGAUUCCUAUACUGAACUGCCACUGGAGAACUUUAGCGCUGGAAAAAUUGUCAGGUGCUGUGUCCUUUCCUGUGAAGAUAAUAUGGUGCAAGUGUCUCUCCGUCAAUCCAGAAUAAAUCCCAAGAGCCAUAGGAAAGUGGAAGAUCCUGAAAUCAUGUCGCUAGAUAAUAUACAGAAGGGUCAGCUUGUUAAAGGCUAUGUUAAAUCUGUUACAUCACUGGGCAUCAUCUUGGGAUUGUCUAACUCUAUUGCGGGUCAAAUCACACCGCAAUUUAUCGCCCCUUUCUUCAUGCCAGAUCAGUCACUGUUUAUGAAAUACAUACAUGCAGGUCAACUCCUCACUGCCAAAAUCUUCAGUAUAAAUAAAGAAGAUAACCUGGUGGAGCUCUCACUCCUUCCUGAAGACACUGGAAAACCAAGUGUUAUUCCAGAGUCCUUGGCUGUUUCACAUGGCGAUUCAGAUAAACAGUGCAAGAAGUUGAAAAAGCAAAAAAGAAGGAACUCUGAAACUGAUCAGGAAGCCCAGCCAGCAAAGAAAAGACCUCGUUGCACUGAAGAUGAGGAUAGUGGUGUUGAAGUGUACUCUCGGGAGGAGGAGGAAGAGGAAGAAUGGCGUGAAAGGAAAUCUAAGGGAAAAGAUCUUCCAAGGUUAAAGGUUUCAACCAGCUUUACAUGGGAGGAGGGCUUAAAUGUGCUGGAUACGGCUGUGCUGAAACCAAGGGAAGAGAGCUCUGACAGCGAAGAAGAUGAUGAUGCAGAGUCCACAACCAAGAAGCAAACCAAGAAGAAAAAGGAGCUGGAAAAACAGAGGGCAGAGAAGGAACUCUCCAAAUUAGAAGCUGCCCUGAUGGAUCCCAACCGGCAGCCCCAGACAGCAGAUGACUUUGACCGUUUGGUCCUUAGCAGCCCUGACAGUUCCAUCCUCUGGUUGCAGUUCAUGGCAUUUCAUCUCCAGGCUACAGAGAUUGAGAAAGCCAGAAGUGUGGCAGAAAGGGCACUCAAAACCAUCUCCUUUAGAGAAGAACAGGAAAAACUGAAUGUGUGGGUUGCCCUGCUGAAUCUGGAGAACAUGUAUGGCACAGAGGAAGCACUGAUGAAAGUCUUUGAAAGAGCCAUUCAGUACAGUGAGCCACUGAAGGUCUUCCAACACCUGGUAGACAUCUAUGAGGGCUCUGAAAAAUAUAAGGAAGCUGAUGACCUGUACAACACAAUGCUGAAGCGUUUUCGUCAGGAAAAAUCUGUGUGGGUGAAGUAUGCCAAAUUCCUCCUGAAAAGAGGGUUGCUGGAGGCAGCUCACAGGCUCCUCCCACGUGCCCUGAAGGGCUUGCCAAGUAAAGAACAUGUGGAUGUGAUUUCCAAGCUAGCACAGUUGGAAUUCCAGUAUGGUGAUCCAGAGCAUGGCAAAGCCAUUUUUGAAAAUACUCUGAGCACAUACCCAAAACGAACAGACCUGUGGUCAGUUUAUAUAGACAUGAUGAUAAAACAUGGCAGCCAAAAGGAAGUACGUGAUAUUUUUGAGCGAGUAAUACACCUAAGCCUAGCAGCGAAGAAGAUGAAAUUUUUAUUUAAGCGCAACCUGGAGUAUGAGAAGAAGUAUGGCACAGCAGAAACGGUGCAGGCUGUGAAGGCAGCUGCACUGGAAUAUGUAGAAUCCAAGAGCAGUCUUGCUGAGAACUAAUUUCAGAAACAGACUUGAGUGUCUUGCUUGCUGCCCCUGAACGCAAGAGAAACGUCAAGAGAGACACCACGGUUAGAGGAAGAGCAUCGCGGCUUGCUGCAUUUCCUGAUACUCUCAACAGCAGAUUGGGUUAGCCAGGACCAAAUCUUCAUGACUUAUCAAGAAUUAUACAAGAGCUUAACCUCUGUAAAUAUUGAUACCUUUUGUAUUUUCCUCAGACUUUUAAAUAUAUGAAUUUAAUUUUGGAGUGUUAUUUGAAUGCUAAUUUGUAAAACACAUUUUAAAAAUCUAAUUGAUACACUGCUUUUUACUUUCCUUUGGACGUGGCAUAGUUCAUUAAAUACAUUGAACUUGCUGUCAGGA